CACCUUCGUCUCAUUUGCAAGCAACAUCACAAUCUACAACACACAUUCAGACUUCCAGAGCCAAAGUGAAAUUUAGCCAGCCAUGAUCCAUCCAAAGAAGCUUCCUCAGCUCGCCAAGAAGUGCCAACGGAUGUUGGCAGCCGGAGCCGGUGCCCGCCGUCGGCAUGCCUCAGACACGGCCGAUAAUGAAUGCUGCAGUACAGCAUCAUCUGUGGCUGCUGAUGAGGGCCACUGCAUGAUGUACACCACCGAUGGAGCACGCUUAGAGGUCCCUCUGGCGUACCUCGGGACGACGGUGUUCGCUGAGCUCCUGAGGAUGUCCGAGGAGGAGUUUGGCUUCGCGAGUGGCGGCGACGGAGGCAGGAUCAUGCUGCCCUGCGACGCCACGGUGAUGGAGUACGUCUUGUGCCUGGUCAGGAGAGAGGCCUCCAAGGAGGUCGAGAAGGCAUUCUUGAGCUCCAUUGCUGGGCACUGUCACAUCUACAAUGCUAGUUGCAUGGUCCCAUCAAUGGGAAUCACCCGGCAGUUUGCUCUUUAUAGGUUCAAAAGAAAAUCAGAAGAAAAAAGAUUGACUGUAGGUGCUGGGUUAACAGAGGAUUCAUCAUUAAAAUGGUUCCUGUACCACCUGGUCAUUUCACUGAUUCACAAGACAGAAGACAUCAUCAGCGUCCUGAAUGCAUGUUCUUCAGAAGCUACAGACAGUAAAUCUGGUUGCUGGCUCCAACACUAG